GACGGAUACGUUCCGUGAAACGAAUACGUCUGUGUGUACAUUUAAAACAUCUGAUUAUCUAUCGUAAAUAACCCGUCGAAAAGGGGUGGUAAGCGCGACCCCCAAUUAAACCCGCCGAAAUUAAAUAAACGCCGAGGAAAUCUGCGGGGCGUGUUUGGACGGCGGUUUAAGUUAGGGUCAUUUUCGUGUUAUUUACCCAUGUCUAAUCAAUAAACUGGGCAACACAAGAGGCAGGACAGGCGGUCGUUUUCGUGGGGGCGAUUUUGAUCCCGCGCCAAUUAUGGAACGGGGCGGGCACUCUCGGGAACCCGAUUCUAUCGAAGAAGGCAAGCCGUUGAAAAAAGCUAGGUACGUGUGGGAAGUGAAGGGCAAGCACCACAUGAAAAAAACGGAAGCCCAUUCGCCGAGGAACCAAGAGGUACCGAAUCCGUCGGGUGUGACGAUGCGGGAAUUGCAGGGCCCCAGCGAUUGUUGCCUCGAAUCGUUCCUUUCUAAAACGGAAGAGAUUUUGGAUAGAGACUAUAGUGAUGAUGAGGAAAAGUCGUCACUUGAAAAUGUGAUCGAAAAUGAAAUACCUGUUACUUUAGUACUCGCCAGACCGAAAAACCAAGACUAUUAUUUAAGAUUGUGGCAAGCCCAACAGAUUGCUCGCAGUUAUGUGGACAAUACCGUGAACAGUAUGUUGGAACGCUUUAACGAUCGUUCUUUGGAUGUGUCAAGUCUUAUUGAGGAUUGCGAGAAUGAUGGCCAAGUCGAAGAUGAUGCGAUUUUGAUGGCUAUUCAGGCACACGGUUUACAGUCUGUGGUUUUGCAACAGUCUCCCAGACAGAGUGAGGUUGAAUCUCGGUGUGAUAAGCCUGCUGUUGAUCUUAUCUGUGAGAAUUAUGAAAACUACCAGAGGGAGCGGGAGAAUGAGUUUUCCGUAACUUCAACUUCGAGUUCUACAAGUGGGGGCACACCCAGUUCGAAUUCCAAUCAAUUUGAGGAAGAUCUCUCGGACCAAAUGGAUUUCUUAAAUGCCGCAGUAUCAGUGGCGAUACAAGAAAAGGGUUUAACCUACAGUUAAGACUGAAUUUUUGAGAAAUAUAAAAAACUGUGUAAGAGUUUGUAUAAUUGGAAAUGAUUAUCAGGAAGUGGGAGAUUCAGUGAGGAGUUAUUUAUAAAUAGUCUUUGGUGAUUACAUAACCUGAUUAUGUGUCAACAUCUGGAAGUUAGGGUUUAAGUAAUAGGAACCUUACUAAAUAUAGAAAUAAAAUUAUUUAUCUCCCAGUGUUAAUAGAAAAGGCUCUUAAUUCCAAUUGGGCUUUUAAAUUGCCCAUAAAUCUAUUAUUUAAUUGUUUUAUUUUAUGGUUGCCUUGUCCAUCCAAAUGUAGUGGAUUUUACUUGAUGCAAGCUUAAAAAAUUAUUUUAUC